AAGAAAGAAAAGAAACGAAAAGAAAGACGAGCAUUUCUUCGCAAGUGGAAGGACAGGCCCUCCGAAGCGAAACUCCACUCUCUCAUUCUCUUUCUUUCUCUCAGAUCCAAAAUCUCUCUUCCAUCUUCAACUCUCUCUCUACAGAUCUCUCGGAAAUCCUGUUUGGAUCUCGGAUUUGCAAUUCAGACUCGGUAAUUCCUUUGCCGUUGAAUCUGAAAUCGUCAACCUACGAAUUGAUCGCUGAGGCCUGGGUUCGUGUUCCUCAUUCGGAUCUGAUUCGAGCUUUCUCGGAGCUUCACCACGGACUUAGCCAUGAACCCGUUCUCUUCUGGAACCCGCUUGCGGGACAUGAUUCGAGCCAUACGUGCUUGCAAAACAGCAGCAGAGGAACGUGCUGUCGUGCGGAAAGAGAGCGCUGCUAUUCGUGCUUCAAUUAAUGAAAAUGAUCAAGAUUAUCGACAUCGUAACCUGGCUAAGCUCAUGUUCAUUCACAUGCUUGGGUACCCAACACAUUUUGGUCAAAUGGAGUGCUUGAAGUUGAUAGCAUCUGCUGGUUUUCCUGAAAAGAGGAUUGGUUAUCUUGGGCUUAUGUUGCUCCUUGAUGAAAGACAAGAAGUUCUUAUGCUGGUCACAAACUCGUUAAAACAAGAUCUUAAUCACUCAAACCAGUACAUUGUUGGACUCGCUCUCUGUGCUCUGGGAAAUAUUUGCUCUGCAGAAAUGGCUCGUGAUCUUGCACCAGAGGUAGAAAGGUUGCUGCAAUUCCGAGAUCCAAACAUCAGGAAGAAAGCAGCAUUAUGCUCUAUACGGAUAAUAAAGAAAGUCCCAGACUUGGCAGAAAAUUUUAUAAACCCUGCUGCUUCCUUACUAAAAGAAAAGCAUCAUGGUGUUUUAAUCACAGGAAUUCAACUUUGUACAGAUUUAUGUAAAGUCAGUGCGGAAGCCCUUGAAUAUUUUAGAAAGAAGUGCACAGAGGGUUUGGUCAAAACUCUGAAGGAUGUUGUGAACAGUCCUUAUUCCCCUGAGUAUGACAUUGCCGGCAUCACAGACCCUUUCCUGCAUAUCAGAUUGCUAAAGCUUUUGCGUGUGUUGGGCCAAGGAGAUGCAGAUAGUAGUGAUUGCAUGAAUGACAUACUUGCCCAGGUGGCAACAAAAACAGAGUCGAACAAAAAUGCAGGCAAUGCAAUUCUAUAUGAAUGUGUAGAAACCAUCAUGAGCAUUGAAGAUAAUGGUGGCUUACGUGUGCUUGCAAUCAACAUCCUGGGAAGAUUCUUAUCAAACCGUGACAACAAUAUCAGAUAUGUUGCACUAAAUAUGCUGAUGAAGGCUAUUACAGUAGAUGCUCAAGCUGUACAGAGGCAUCGAGCAACAAUUUUGGAAUGUGUGAAGGAUUCAGAUGCUUCUAUUCGGAAAAGGGCUCUUGAACUUGUUUAUCUUCUUGUAAACGAGAGCAAUGUGAAGCCUCUUACAAAAGAGUUAAUUGAUUAUUUAGAAGUAAGUGACCAAGAAUUCAAGGGAGAUCUCACAGCAAAAAUAUGCUCCAUUGUAGCGAAGUUUUCCCUGGAGAAGAUUUGGUACAUAGAUCAGAUGCUUAAGGUUCUUACAGAGGCUGGAAAUUUUGUAAAAGAUGAAGUAUGGCAUGCCCUUAUUGUUGUGAUAAGCAAUGCUUCUGAUCUCCACGGAUACACUGUUAGGGCACUAUAUAGAGCAUUCCAAACUUCUGAGCAGGAAAGUCUUGUUCGAGUGGCAGUUUGGUGCAUUGGAGAAUAUGGCGAUAUGUUGGUAAACAACGUUGGCAUGCUUGACGUUGAAGAUCCAAUAACAGUAACUGAAUCUGAUGCUGUGGAUGUUGUAGAGAUUGCAAUUAAGCGCCAUACCUCAGAUUUCACCACUAAAGCAAUGGCUUUUAUUGCUAUGUUAAAGCUUUCUUCACGGUUUCCAUCUUGCUCAGAGAGGAUCAAAGAUAUAAUUGUUCAAUACAAAGGAAAUCUUGUGCUGGAAUUGCAGCAACGAUCGCUUGAAUUCAAUUCUAUUAUUGCAAAGCAUCAGAAUAUAAGGUCUGCGCUAGUGGAAAGGAUGCCAGUUUUGGAUGAGGCAACUUUCAUGGGUAGGAGGGCUGGUUCUAUGCCAGCUACUGUUUCAACUUCCACGACGACUUCGAUCAAUAUACCAAAUGGAGUUUCCAAACCUUCUGCGGCUCCUCUUGUGGAUUUGCUUGAUCUAAGUUCUGAUGAUACUCCUGCUGUGCCUAGCUCUACCGGUGGUGGCGGUGCUGAUUUUCUUCAAGAUCUUCUUGGCGUUGAUUUAUCGCCAGCUCCAAAUCAACCUGGUAUGAAGCCUGCUCUGCAAAAUGGCACCGAUGUACUUUUGGAUCUCUUGUCUAUUGGCGACCCUCCUGCACAAAGCAGCUUAUCAACAUCAGAUAUAUUAUCCUCUGUUCAAGAUAACAAAUUACCGGUGGCGCCACUAGAUGGACUCUUAUCUCCAUCUGCACCAGCCACUCCUGUGAUUGAUUUAUUGGACGGCUUUGCAGUCAAACCACCAACCCCUGAAAACAACGGUUCAGCUUUUCCAUCCAUAGUUGCUUUUGAGAGCAGUUUGUUGAAGCUAUUGUUCAACUUUUCGAAGCCACCUGGAAACCCACAAACAACAUUAAUUCAGGCUACAUUUACAAAUCUGUCAUCCGAUAGCUUUACAGAUUUUAUUUUCCAGGCAGCGGUUCCAAAGUUUCUCCAGCUGCACUUAGAUCCAGCAAGUGGCAAUACAUUACCUGCAAGUGGUAAUGGGUCCAUCACACAAAGUUUGAAAGUUACUAACAGUCAACAUGGAAAGAAAUCUCUUGUCAUGCGCAUAAAGAUUGCUUUCAAGAUGAACAACAAAGAUGUUUUGGAGGAAGGACAAAUCAACAAUUUUCCGCGUGGUUUGUGAGCCUUGGCGAUCUUCAGGGACAUUUAAGUUAAAGAUGGCGUUUUCUUCUAACCAUCUACAGUGGACGUGCGAUCUUUUGUUGGGUGGUAGAUUUUGUAACAGUUGAGCCUGAUUUUUCUCGGGUAUGGGAUCUUUCCUAUGGCUUCUCACCUUUUCUUUACAUUUUUCUUCCUCUUUUAGGUGGUUGAUGUAUAUUACUACAAAAAUUAUCCCCGUAUGGAAUUGUGGGAAUUGAAUUUUGCCUUAACGCACAAAGAGAAGUGAGCUCAUACGUUGUAUUGAGAACUUGAGGUGCUUCUCCAUUUUUUCUCUUUCUUUUUUUUUUUGUUUGGAUUUGGCCGCCUGUUUGGGUUCUUAGUUGGAUUCUAAUCGAAUUGCAAAUCAGUCAUAUAGUAUGUUCAAUAUUAUAUCCUGUACCAUUUACCCUCAAUGAAAUGUAAGUUUAUAUUAUUUGUUUGUUCA